AUGUCGAUACAGCCGUUACCUCCAGAUGUUAUUGCACAAAUAAAAUCUUCCAUCGCCAUUACCAGCCUCAACGGAGUGUUGCGCGAGCUAGUGAAGAACUCCCUGGAUGCUAGCUCUACCAAGAUUGAUAUCAGUGUCAACUAUGCCCGAGGAAGUUGUGUUGUUGAAGAUGAUGGCUUGGGGAUCCUGCCUAGUGAGUUUCGUGAGGGUGGUGGCCUUGGGAAGUUGUAUCAUUCCUCAAAGAUAAACAGUGAGAACCAAGUGCACGGUGGUCGUGGUAUAUUCUUGGCCUCUUUAUCAUCUCUGGCUCUGUUAUCCAUCACGUCUCACCACCAUUUGCAUCGUUCCCACAACACCUCAAGUAUGCACAAAUCCGAAGUUGUGGGACGCCAAACCCCAGCUCCAGCCCAGCAAUAUCUCCAAUACCCUGAUCAUGGAACACGUGUGACAGUACGUGAUCUGUUUGGGGGCAUGCCAGUUCGUGUGAGGCAGAGGGCCAUCGCUGCCGAGAAGCAGGGUGGAAAUAGCAAGGAUUGGGAAGAGCUGAGGAGAAGCAUUGUCGCACUUUUACUGUCCUGGCAAGGAACUGUUUCUGUCACAGUACGCGAAGCUGAAUCACCCCAGAGGAUGACCUUUCGGCCUCAAACGGAUUUCUCACUUAACCCCGUCCCUUCAGCUGGUGUCAGUAUCCCAAAAACCUGUACCCUUUUGUCACAAGCCUCUUUUAUCACACCUGCGGAUAAGCUGUCUUGGGUCACCAUUACUGCUUCUAUAGAUUCAUUGACCAUUAAUGGCGCGAUCUCUCUUGAUCCAUCUGCCACCAAGCAUGUCCAGUUCCUUUCCUUCGGCAUACAGCCUUUAAUGCCAUUGGACGGUCAGAGCAUACUUCAUGACGAGAUAAAUCGGCUUUUCCUAAAUUCGGCUUUCGGGAACGAGGAAGAGGCAGGAGAUCUUGCAGAUGCGGAGAGGAUCAGAAGAGAGAAUGAUGGUCGAUACAAAUCUGACGGGUACACCAACAAAGAGCUGAAAGGUGGCAAGAAGGGUGUGGAUCGGUGGCCGAUGUUCUAUAUCAACAUCCAGCAAGCAUUGAGUUUGAAGAAUCAUAGAAACGUUGAUGUAGAUGAUGUGUUGGAUGAUAAAGGUAGCAGUCUUGGUACAAUUUUGGAGCUAUUGCGGGCUAUGAUUUUGGAAUUUCUCACUCAGCAUUAUUUCCGGCCAAAGGCCGGCCGAGGACAUAAACCACGACGCAAGAAACAAGAGGACGUCCUGUCUCAGACCUUGGUGAAGUCACUACAAGACGCUGGGAACGAUGCCACAGAUGCUUUCAGAAUCUCUCGACCAACAUCAGCUCCGAAUUUCGAGGCUGUCAAAGAUUCAAGUAUUAAACGGAAGAAGCCAACAGCUGUGGAUGCCCUUGGCACAAAUGUUAAGCUUCCGUCAUUUCGUCGUUCUUCAUCCCAAGUUGACUCUCCGUUUGAUGGAUGGUCCAAGGUCAAGAGAGGAGCUGCCGUUCCCAAAUUGAAUUACAAAACCGAGCCCCAUCACCGACCAGCAAGCGCCUCACCUAGCGUAGGAAGACAAGGUCCAAAUAUCCAUUCAAUGGAAGGGAUUUCCAAGCCACUGCUAUCCAAGAGUGGGAGACUCAUUCGUCGCCCAUUUGAAGACCUUGUCACUUCUACGCCUCAACCUAGAGCUCGGCCACCCUCUCAGCCAAAAAUUCAAACUACAGAACAAGAUAGUGAAGGUGAUGAGUUGGUCGAAUGGAUCAACCCUGUCACCAAAGUCAAGUCUCUUGUCAAUAAACGAACUGGCCUCACAGUAAUAGCUAGCAAAGAAAAACGAGAUAACCAAUCAGGCAAACAUGGCAUCCGUCAAGGAUCUCUAUACUCUCAGCAAAAUCUCAAACGAUUCACGACUCCGCCCACUGAUUCCACAAGUCCUUGGAUCAGGAAUAUCUUGAAGACGUGGGAGAAUCCCGUCUUCAACCCAGUCGAGCCCUCAAUUCAGCAGGUCGCCACCGAAGGCGUAAAUACAGCUACCCAAAGCAUUCUACAUGGCCGGCAACAUCACUGCUCACAAAUUGACAUUGAUCGAGCAUUCAAGGAAUCCUCUGCUGGUAUUACUGACCGUAUAUCUAAAGAUGCGUUAAGGAAUGCAGAGGUUAUCUCGCAAGUUGACAAGAAGUUCAUUCUGGUGAAACUCCAUUCUUCAACACAUCUGGGAGAGACUGCAAAAAAUGGAAUGCUCGUGAUUGUUGAUCAACAUGCUGCUGAUGAACGAAUCCGAAUUGAGGCCCUGAUGGAAGAGCUGUGUACUCCGCCCAUGGAAGGGAAUCCUCCUCUCCCAAUAGAAUCCAGAAUCCUCACUACUUAUCUCGACAAGCCUCUCGCAUUCGAAAUUUCUGCGAAAGAGGUGGCGCUCCUCGAUACACACAGGAGGCAUUUUGCAGAUUGGGGAAUCUUAUAUGAUCUCCCUGCUGCUCCUCAGCCCGACCGGGCUCAGCGACUCCAGAUAAGGUAUCUUCCACCCGGUAUCAUCGAAAGAUGCAAACUCGACCCGCGUGUCUUGGUAGAAUUAAUCCGCACCGAAGCCUGGAACUGCUCCGAGAAAGCACAUACAGCCAAUCCUCCGACAGAUCAAGACUGGCUUCACCGCAUCCACAAUUGUCCCCAAGGAAUUAUCGACAUGCUGAACUCACGCGCUUGUAGGAGCGCAAUCAUGUUCAAUGAUGAAUUAAGUAGGGAGCAGUGCGAGUUGUUGGUGAGGAAGCUUGCGGGGUGUAUGUUUCCGUUUCAGUGUGCGCAUGGGAGGCCAAGUUUGAUUCCAUUGGUCAAUCUGGCAGGUUUGCGGAUGGGAUCUACUCUUGAACAACCUUCGGAGGGUGUUGAGAGCUUUGGGAAAGCUUUUGGUGCUUGGUCGCAAACUGUACGAACGAUUACAAAAUAA